UUGACAGCUCAAGUCCAGCCAAAUCCAUGGUGAAUAAAAUUCAAAAAACCUCAAAAAUAUCACAAUAAACGAAUCAAGGGUUGAAGAAAUGGGAACCAUCCGCCAUUCUUCUGGUUCCCCGUCAAAGCCCAUGUGAGUCCAACCGAGGAUUUUCAAUCCGUUUACUUUUUCGGCGUUUUGGGUUUCCCUCUUUGAACGGAGGGGCAAGAUAAACAGGAGGGGAGGGAAUGGGAACUGUACCCGGCUGGCAACUGACAUUCUUGUGUGGAAUUUUUUCAUGGAUUGUGGUUUCUUCAAUACUUGAUGUCACCCAGAAGCUUAGAUCCCUAACCCAACCUUGGGUGUCUCGCCACGUCGCCUCUGACACUCCAAUCAUCCUCCAGAUCCAGAGUUACCAUCAUGGGUGGUUGGAUGCUUUGUUCUCAGGGCUGUCUUGCGUUGUUUCUGUGCCUUUCUACACGGCCUUUCUUCCCUUGCUCUUCUGGAGUGGGCAUGGCAAAUUGGCCAGGCAGAUGACCCUUCUGAUGGCUUUUUGUGAUUAUUUGGGAAACUGUAUAAAGGAUGUGAUAUCAGCUCCUAGACCCAGCUGUCCACCUGUUAGGAGAGUGACUGCGACCAAAGAUGAGAAAGAGAAUGCAAUGGAAUAUGGAUUGCCUUCUUCUCACACUCUCAACACAGUUUGCUUGUCUGGCUACCUUUUCCACUACGUCAUGUCCUGUACUCAAAAUACAGAUGCCUUGACCCAGGUUGUGGGACUGGCCAUGGUCUGCUUGCUUGUCAGCCUCAUUGGCUUUGGAAGGAUUUACCUUGGCAUGCACAGUUUGGUUGACAUCGUAGGUGGUCUUGUGUUUGGUUUAGCCAUUCUGGCAUUUUGGCUUACAGUUAACGAAUACAUUGACAGUUUCAUUGUUUCAGGCCAAAAUGUUACAUCGUUUUGGGCUGCCCUUAGCUUACUGCUGCUGUUUGCCUACCCAACACCUGAGUUUCCAACUCCAAGCUUUGAGUAUCACACAGCUUUUGAUGGUGUUGCAUUGGGAAUUGUAACCGGCAUCCAGCAAACUUUUGAUCAGUUUCACCAUGACAAUGUUCCGCGCAUCUUCACCCCUCAACUCACAACCCUGGCCUUUGUGGGAAGAAUACUGGUGGGUCUUCCCACUAUACUACUAGUGAAGUUUUGUAGCAAGGCCCUUGCAAAAUGGAGUCUUCCUAUUGUAGCAAACACCUUGGGAGUCCCAAUAAAAUCAACGAGCUACAUCCCGACAUUAAGUGCUUCGAAUGCAGGUAAAAGGUCAGAUGAGACUAAGCAACCGAGCUAUCUGCAGAAACUGUUCUUCUUCUCUGGCCAGGCCUCAUUUGACGUUGAUACCGGCAUUAGGCUUCUCCAGUAUGCUGGCCUAGCAUGGUCUGUGGUAGAUCUUGUUCCAUCUCUGUUUCAUCGCCUGAGCUUGUGAUGCUCUGUUAGUAUAUUCUGAUUAAGUGCUCUCUCUGUAUUAUUUUUCUUUUCUUCUUUUUGGGUUUUUGGCUGCCUUUAGUAGAUGUCCAGGGAAACAUAUUAAGAAGUUGGUUUUGUAGGCAUAUGUAUUGUUUCUGAAUCAAACAAAUAGUAUACAGAAAUUGCGUAAAUUGAUCAUGAUCUAGUGAAUUUCUGUGAAGCCAAGGUUUCACAAAUACA